AUGGGUGUGAACGGGUUCUGUGGUGCGGCAGCUGCUGCUGCUGCACAUCCACCCCAUCCCCCUUCCCUUCCCCCAUCCCCCGUCCCUUCCACGUACCCCCCUUCCCACCCCCCAUCCCCCUUUCCCUUCCCUUCCCCCAUCCUCUCUCCCUUCCCCGCAUCCCCCUUCCCUUACCCCAUCUCCCUUUCCCUUCCCCCAUACCUCUCUCCCUUCUCUGCAUCCCCCUUUCCCUCCCCCCGUCCCCUUUCCAUUCCGCAUCUCCCUCUCCCUUCCCGCAUCCCCAUUUCCUUCCGCGUCUCCCUUUCCCUUCCCCCAUCCCCUUUCCCUUCCCCGCAUCCCCUUUCCCUUACCCCAUCUCCAUCUACCUUCCCCCAUUCCUCUCUCCCUUCUCCGCAUCCCCCUUUCCCUUCCCCCAUCUCAUAUUCCUUCCCCGCAAUCCCCAUCCACUUUCCCUUCCCCAUCCCCCUUUCCCUUCCCGCAUCCCCAUUUCCUUCCGCCCUUUCCUUUCCCUUCCCGCAUCCCCUUUCCCUUCCCCGCAUCCCCUUUCCCUUACCCCAUCUCCAUCUACCUUCCCCCAUUCCUCUCUCCCUUCUCCGCAUCCCCCUUUCCCUUCCCCCAUCUCAGUUUCCUUCCCCGCAAUCCCCCAUCCCCUUUCCCUUCCCCAUCCCCCUUUCCCUUCCCGCAUCCCCAUUUCCUUCCGCCCUUUCCUUUCCCUUCCCGCAUCCCCUUUCCCUUCCCCGCAUCCCCUUUCCCUUACCCCAUCUCCAUCUACCUUCCCCCAUUCCUCUCUCCCUUCUCCGCAUCCCCCUUUCCCUUCCCCCAUCUCAGUUUCCUUCCCCGCAAUCUCCCUAUCCCUUCCAACCACGCCCUUUCCCUUCCCCAUCCCCCUUUCCCUUCCCCCAUCCCCUUUCCAUUCCGCAUCUCCCUUUCCCUUCCCCCAUCCCCUUUCCCUUCCCCGCAUCCCCCUUCCCUUCCCCCAAGCCUCCCUCCCUUCCUCCCUUGACAGGACGCACGGGAAGGAGGAAGGGACAAGUGCUGCCACGUGUCAGUUUAUCGUUGGCAGGGAAUGGAGUGGAGUGGGGUGGAUGUGGGAGGAACACGAGCGGAGGAGGAUGGGGAGGAGGAGGAAGGGGGGUUUGGGGGAGAGGAUGGGGGGAGGAAAUGAAGAGGUGCGCGGGGAGAGGUGCAGUGGCAGCAAGAGGAGGCGGCGGAGGAGGGGGGAGAGGAGAGGUUGGAGGAGGAGGAAAAUUGGCCUGGGCGUGGAUCAAGGCAAGGCGGUUUCAUGGCUGUAGUGCGGCAAUGGGGGAGAGUGUAGUAGCGAGGAAGGAGGGGGAGGUGGAGAGGAGGGAUGGGGAGGUGGGGAGGAGGGAGGCCGAGGUGGAGAGCAGAGAGGUGGGGGAGGAGAUAACGGAAGGGAGCAGAGAGGACGGAGGGGGCACAUGGAGAAUGGGAAGGAUGGGAGGAAUGGGCGGUGGCAGUGAUAUGCGGAAGGGCUUAGACGGGGAAGGCCAGGGGCAGGCGGGGUGGGAGGGGUUUACGGAGGUGGAGAAAGAUGUUGUGGAGGAGGAGGAGAGCACAGGGUACAAUGCAGCAGAGGCUCUAGAGAGCAUGUGGUCAGUGGUGCAGCAUGUGCCUGAGGGCGGUGCGCGUGUGCUGCCCGCCGUGCUCUCCUGGCACGCCCACCAUGCGGACGGGCACGGUCGGCCGCUGUCCAAGGAAUUGCUGCUGGCUUUGAUUGGCCGGCUCAAGGAGCGGCUUCGGCUUGUGCAUGCGUUUGAGGUGGCAGAGCACGUGGUGCGCAGUCCGCACUACUGGCUGGGCAAGCACGACUGGCGGCUGCUGCUGGACGUGUGCGUGCGGGCAGGCCGCGUCACCCGGGCAGAAGAAAUGUUCGCGCUUCUGCCCAGAGACCUGCAAACGGAGGAGGUAUACAUGGGCAUUCUGCACAACUACGCGCGGCGGGGCCUGGUGCAGCGGGUGGAGUCGCGCAUGGUGAUGCUGCGCGCCCUGGGCGUGCGGGAGAGCGCGCUGGGGUUUGAGGCGCGCAUGCUGGCGUACGGCGUGAGAGGCUUGCUGGGAGACGUGGAGCGCGUGGCACGAGAAAUGGCAAGCAAGGGCAUCCUCCCAACGCCAACGGCCUACGAGCAUCUCAUGCAGGCCUAUGCGCGGCGCCGCCACCUCCCAUCCAUCCGCGCCCUCCUGCACCGCCUCGCCCACUCGCCCCUCCCGCCCUCCCUCCCCACGCUCACCGCUGCCGCCUGGGCAUUCUUCUCCCAGGGGCGAGUGGGGGAGGCGGAGGGGUUGGUGCAGGAGAUGCGGAAGCUGCAGGCGGGGAGGGGGGAGGGGAUGCCGGUUCCGGUGCUGGUGGGGCUAGCGUGGGCGUAUGCGCGGAUAGGGGAUGUGCGGCGGGUGGAAGAGGUGGUGGGGGAGCUGGAAGGAAUCAAGGGGCAUGAGCUCAGGAUACUGCACAUGGCUCGAAUAUACUGCUAUGCUGUGGCUGGCCGAGUGGAAGACGCUGAGAAGGCCUUCGCAGCCAUGCAGCAAGCAGGCCACGCACCCACAACAGCAUCUUACAACUGCCUACUCCUCGCAUACACAUGCGCCCACCGCAUGCACGACGCCCUCUCCCUCCUCUCCACCAUGCGUGCCUCUCACAUGCUCCCUGACGCCACCACCUACCACCACCUCAUAACCGGAGCGCUCUAUAACGAGGAUAUUGACUGUGCUGUGAGUCUGCUGCUGCAGGCAGCAGCAGCGGCAGCAGCAGGGCAUCCAUGGUCCUGGAAGAGAGGAAGCGCAGGCCCCCGAGUUGAUUCUCCAAACCCCGUGGUGGAUGCCCUAGGGGAAGACUACGGGAGUGAGUGGGGUGUGAGGGAAGGGGGUGGUGUGGGUGCGCAGAGUGGGGUAGGGAGUGGUGGGUGGGUGCGUGGAGCGCGGGUGGUGGGUGGGCGGAAGGGAGAGAGGGGGCGGCGGAGGUUGCAGGUGAGGGUGGGGGUGUUUCUUGCAGUGGUGGAAAGAUUAGCAGAGGCAGGGGAGAUGGAGAGGUUAGAGAGGGUGGUGAGUGAGCGGGAGGCGGCUGUUACCCCACGCACGCCCUCGGUAGACCAGCAAGCAUCGCCCAAUUGCCCACACGCAUCCUCUGGGCUGGUGGAUGCACAAGACAGCCGAGGGGUAGAUGGGCGUGGGCAGGAACCAAGUGAUCCGGGGAUGGACAGGGCAGUGGCGGCGUGGGAGGCGCAACGCCGGCACUUGCAGGAGCUGCAUAAUAGGCGGCGGCGCGAGCUUCCACUUGGUGCCACGGCAACAGAGUCGCCCGGCACUCUUGGAGCUUCAGUGGGUCCUAGCAGGGCUCCACUUGGACCGCGCUUGGCACGACGGCAGGAGCUGAGGCGUUUGUUGGUAGCUGGCACGGGCGGUCGGCAAGAGUGGGCGACGGCAGAGCAGGCGGAGUCGACAGCGGGGAGGCAGGAGGUGCAGGGGGGCCUGCUGGCGGAUGAGGGCCGGGAGUGCGGGGCAGGUGGGCAGCAGGGGGUGACGGAUGCAGGCCUGCCAGAAAAGGUGUUGAGGAGGCAGCCGAGCCGUCUGGCGGAGGGCCAGCUGGGCCUGCCGACAAAGGUCCAGGGGGAGUUACUCGAGGAGGAGCAUUGGGAGCGUGGGGAACAGGGACGGAAACCAGGGAGGGAGCAACCGGAAACGCUGUCGGCGAUGCAGCAGGGUCUGCCGGUGGCUGCAGGGGAGACUAGAGACAUCAAUCCCUUCCCGAAGGCACGAACGGGGGCGUCUCUAAAGGGAUGGGCUGGAGCUAUAGGGGAAACGGAUCAGAGAGGGCAGCAGCUGCGUGAGCUGGGCGCUCAGGCGCAGGGGCCCUUGGACGACCAACUGCCACGAGGCAAGGGCAGGAGGCGACGCGGAGGCCAGGGCAAGCAGCGGUCGGGCAAUCAGCAGGAUCAGCAGGCAGAGGGCGAGUUGGGGCGGCCGCUUACGAGCCAACGUCCGGGAGGCCAGCUGGUGCGACGGCGGCCACUGUCAGGGGAACAGGGAGUGACUGCAGCACCUGAGGGCGUGCAGCAGGCAGGGGGACAGCAGGGAGUGACUGCAGCACCCCAGGGCGUGCAGCAGGCAGGGGGACGACAGGGAGUGAGUGCAGCACCUGAGGGCGUGCAGCAGGCAGGGGGACAGCAGGGAGUGAUUGCAGCACCUCAAGGCGUGCAGCAGGCAGCGGGACAGCAGGGAGUGAGUGCAGCACCCCAGGGCAUGCAGCAAACAGCGGGACAGCAGGGAGUGACUGCAGCACCUGAGGGCGUGCAGCAGGCAGGGGGACAGCAGGGACUGAUUGCAGCACCUCAAGGCGUGCAGCAGGCAGCGGGACAGCAGGGAGUGACUGCAGCACCCCAGGGCGUGCAGCAGGCAGCGGGACAGCAGGGGGUGACUGCAGCACCUCAGGGCGUGCAGCACGCAGGGGGGCAGCUGGGGGCGAGGGCAGCACUUCAGGGCGUGCGGCAGCGGCAGCAGCAGCGGCAGCAGCGUCAGCAGCAGCAGCAGCAGCAGCCCCCCCCGAUCCCUCCGGAAAGCCCCACACCGGGGGUUGCGGAGAAUUCAGCCACUCCUGACACGGCUCCACUUGCUCCAACUUGUGUCCCUUGCGAGUUCUGCUUUCACACAUUUCCGCCUGGUGGUGCGGCCUCCCGCCACAUAGUUGCAUGUAAAGCGGCAGAUGCUCAGCGGCGGGCUCAGGCCCUUACUUCCUCCCCGAACCUGAGCGAGGUCUUCGGGGCAGAUCCAGUACCUCCGCGGGAUAUCGGCGAGGAGGUGUGGGGGGCGGUGCCUUCGUGGGACUGGGAGACUUUUUUCAGUAUUCAUUCUGUGUCGGGAGAGCUUCUUCGUCGGGUCCCGCAGCGGGCGCGACUGGGGGUGCUUGAUGCAUUGUGCUGCAUUCUCAAGAGACUGAAGGCUUCCCCUUGGGAUGAGGCGGCGACGCUGAUGUUCCUGGCCUUCCCGCGCCUCAUUUUGGGAGUCCCCGCGAAGGAGGGUCUUGGACGAAGGGCAGCCAUAGUAGGGCGUCUCGGAAAGUUCUGGGCAGGGGAAUGGCAACAGCUGUUCGAGGCUGCCUCUGCCGCGUUGACUCCGGCGGCGCGACCUCUUGCCUUCUCCUUACCUGAGCGAGAUGCUGAUGCCAUCCGUUUGGCCCGAUGUCGCACGAGGUGCCAAGUGGGGGAAUGGAGUCGAGGACUAGCAUGCCUUACUGCGGGCGACUUGGCGCAGCCCUCUCAACUAACAGUAGACCGGCUGACAGCAAAGCACCCGGCCAUGAGAGGGGAUAAUUCGUCGCUAGUACUAUCCUGCCUGCCGCUUCUAGUACCACCUCCAACCAACCCUGGUGGUGAUACAGUAGCGGCGCGAAGCACCCUUCUCUCGUGCCCCCCUCCCCCUCUCUGCGCCACCUCCGCCGCCGCCCCAACCUCUGACAGCAAUCGCCAUAGCGGAGUUUUUGCCGCCGGCAAUGGCGCUGCUACUGCCGCUGGUGGCGGUGGCGCCGGUUACUUGCCGGACGAUUCGCGGGCGGCGGGCGCCGGGGGCUCAUUGAAGGAGAGGCGCGCGGAUGGCGCGGAGCAGGAUUCGGGGGAGCUCGCGCAGCAGCAUGAUCAGCGGAGCCCCGACGCGCUCGCCAGCCCAUCACUCUCCCCCUCGCUGACCUUGUCCAAAAGUACUUCCUCCUCCGCCUCUUCCUUCUCCUCCACCUCCCUCUCCUCCUCCACCUCCCUCUCCGGCCCUAUCGUUUCCGCCAAUCCCGCCGCCUCCGCGCGCGCGCUCGCCGCUCUCCCGGUCCCGCCCUUUGGCGGAGUCCCUGUCCCGCUCCCCGCCCCGUCCCCCGCCCGUCCCGCUUCCCCCCUGCGCUCGCCCUCCCCUUCGCGUUCGUUCCGCAGUGGCGGACUGGCACGGAUGGGGUCGGGGCGAUUUCCAGGCGUGCAGAUCGGUGGUGCUGGUGCGCCUGGGUCUGCAUCUUCCCCUCGACCCAACAGCGGCGGCGGCGGCGGUGGCAUGGGCGGCAACACGGCGGACGGAAACCGCCGCCAAACCGCAGCGGCAGCAGCGCCAGCGGCGGGAACGACGGCGCCAGCGGCGGUGGCGGCGGCGGCGGCGGCGGGAACCGCGAGCGACCCAAGCCCCACAGCGGACCUCUCAUUGAACCACGUGCUCGUUCCCGCCAGCUCGCACCGCAACCUGCCAGUCCUGGACCGCCAGCUGGCGGGCUCCGGGCGGCUCAACUCCUUCUCCCUCGCCCAGUUGCACGGCGCCACGUGUCAGUUCGCGCUCGAAGGGCUGCUAGGCUCGGGCGGGUUCGGGAGCGUUUUUAAGGGGACCAUGUGGGACGGGCGGAGCGGGCGCAAGGUGGAAGUUGCCGUGAAGGUUCUCAACACGGCGGGGCAGCAGGGCGACAGGGAGUGGCAGGCGGAAGUGCAGGUGUUAGCGCGCCUGCAUAACCCGUGCCUCGUCCCCCUGCUGGGGGUGUGCGCGGAGGGGGAACAGCGCCUGCUCGUCUACCCCUUCCUCCCCGGAGGCUCCCUGGAGCGCCGCCUCUUCCCCGCGCUCUUCCUCCCCCCGUCCUCCGCGCCCCCGCCCACGCUCCCCGCGGGGCUCUCGCUCCCCCUGGGCGCUGCGGCUGGCGGAGGGUUCCCGGGGGGCGUACCCAGAGCAUCGUCUGGUGGGGGAGGGGGCGGAGGAGGCGCGGACGUGAAGGGGAUGAAGCGUCCUGGCAGCAGCAGUGGCAGCGGGAGGCGGCCCAGCAGCAGCGGCGGCAGCAGCAGCAGCAGCAGGGGGGGGUUGGCGGGGGGAGGGGAGGAGCAGCGGCCGCUGCAGUGGCUGCACCGCAUCCGCAUUGCCAUUGCUGCGGCCAAGGGGCUCAAGUUCCUGCACGAGGAGAUUGACAAACCGAUCAUCUACCGUGAUUUCAAGACGUCCAACAUCCUGCUGGACCGCCAUGGCGAUGCGCAGCUCUCCGACUUUGGCCUUGCGCGCCUGGGGCCGCAAGGGGAGCUCUCACACGUUACCACUCGGGUGGUGGGCACAGUAGGAUAUGCAGCACCGGAGUACGUGCUGACAGGCCACCUAUCCAUCCGCAGUGACGUGUGGGGCUUCGGAGUCGUGCUGCUGGAGCUGCUCACAGGCCGCCCUGCACUGGAUAAGACCCGGCCCAAGCCCGAGCAAUCCCUAGUGGACUGGGCGGCGCCGUUCCUCUCCUCUCCCUGCAAGCUAUACCGCAUAAUGGAUCCCGCUCUAGCGGGGAUGUACAGCGUGCGUGGCGCGCAGCUCACAGCCGCAGUGGCGCGGCAGUGCCUCAGCGCCAAGCCCAAGCUGCGCCCCCUCAUGUCGCACGUGCUCGCGUCUCUCCUGCCUGUGCUAGACCUGCAUGAUAUGGCUGGGUUUACGCUUGAUCAGCCGAUCGGGGGAGGCGGUGGAGGGGGCAGGGAGGAGAGAGAGGCGGGGGAUGGGGUGGGAGGGAGGGGUGGGGGGAGUGGCAGUGGUGGGGGAUGGGUGGGCGGAGGAGUGGGGAGGGCUGGUGGGAGUGGCAGUUGCAUGGGGUUUGGGAGCCGGGGUGGGUUGAGACCAGGGAGUGCAGGAGGGGGAGGGGGAGGAGGAGGAGGAGGAGGAGGAGGAGGAGGAGGAGGAGGAGGCACGGGAGGGAUUGGAGGGAGGUUGGUUCCAGGUGUAGGAUUGGGAUUACUGGGAAGCAGCCGGAGUGUGGUGGUGGGAGGGCGGUUGGGAGUGGGUGGGGGUUCAUCCGGCACUGUGCUGGCGGGGAGGGGAGAGGGCGCAGGGGAGGGAGGCAGCAACAGCAUCAACACCAGCAGCAGCAGGGGAGGAGGAGGGGGGGUUGGGGGGAGGAGGAUAGGGCUGGUUGCCUCAGGAGAGGGGGCACUCGCUCGGAGUGUGUCGGUUGGUGCGGGGGUGAGGGGUGGAGCAAGGGGGAUAGUGAGGAGUGCUAGUGGCAAGGAUGGGAAGCUGGGAAAGCAGGGGAAGGAGGAGGAGGGGAAAGAGGCGGGUGGGCCGUCAGUGAGAGAGGUGGGUGUGGUGGGGUGCACUGCUGGGGAGGGGAGAGGAGGUAGGUUGGUCAGGAAAGGCAGCGGGAAGAGCGAGAGUAAUGUGGGGGAGAUGAGAAGACCUACAAUGCAGGAAAGCGCACAAACGGUACUGCAUGCCUGGCUGCUGUCCUUUCCGCCCCCCUCUCACAUUUUUCCACAGGAAGAGAUUCCCUGUCGGCUGUGUGGGUUGGGCUUGCAGCAGACGCUGGUGCGUCUCGCAGGCAGCGACAAACGAAUUGCUGCAGAGGAGGAGGAGGAGGAGGAGGAGGAGGAGGAGGAGGAGGAGGAGGAGGAGGAGGAGGAGGAGGAGGAGGAGGAGGAGGAGGAGGAGGAGGAGGAGGAGGAGGGCACUGCGUAUGGAGUCGCAGGAAGGAGGCAAUGCACAUAG